UGAAAAGAUGUCCCAUCUUCCCCCACACUACUAUAAAUAUAAAACUUAUUAAUUCGUAAAAAAAGGAUUUUUUAAAUUAUGACCGCUUUACUUCUUGUUAAAAAGCUGUUUAUUACCGGCCGUUAUUUUUCUCAAAAUACUCAAUAAUGUUUUUGACUAAUUCUGAUUUAUAGCAUCUUCUUAUAUAGACAUCAGCUUUUAAGAUAUUUUGCUCAAAAUGGCAAACGUAGAUGCCCAUCAAGCUCUUAUAGUUAAUCCAGCAGUGCCUGGUCGGAACCCAAAUCGAUAUAAAAAUGUCAUCAUCGAUCUUGCUGUUUCGGAAACAAUUCUUGGUGUAUUAAGCAUUGUGCUUGGUAGUGAAAUUGUAUCAAUUAAAAGUGGCGUGCCAGACAUGGUUUGUCGUUAUCCGGUUAAUAUCUGUCACGUAUCAUUCAGCCAUUAUUUCCCAGAGUCUCUAAAAGGAUUAUUGCCUGGUAUAUGGGUUCUGAUUGCUGGUAUUCUUGGAAUUUUCGCUAGCAGGAACCGGCCAUCUUCAAACGUCAUAAACUCUCAUGUGAUUCUUUCCAUCACAGCAGCGAUAUUUUCAGUUGGACAAGUUGCUGGCGGAAUAGUUCUUGCCUUUUACAGCGCGAAUGUUGAGUAUUUAUGCUUCGCGUUGGCCGUGAUUGGUUUUCUUUCAUUCAUACUCUGCAUCAUGAGCGCUAGUUUUGGUUGCUCAUACCAUACCGUUGUUAUUGGCAGUGCUAGUUGUUGCGGAGCUGGCUGCUGUGAAACUGAUGGGGUACGUUUAUAAUAACUAUAACAUACCAUUUUAUUCAUCUCUUCGAAAACAGUAACGAAGAUCAGAUUAAUUAAAACAACGAAGAGAAGGAAUUAGCACCAAAACCAAAGCGUAAA